AGGGUGUGGAGAUGCGCUUUUGUUGUUGAAAGAAAAAAAAAAGAAAAAAAAAAAAAGGGGUUGUUCUGUUUUUGUUCUUUGGCUUUUUCUUCUUCCAGUGAGAAACAGUCAGUGUCUUCAAGAGCAGCUUGACAGCAACACCAACAUUUUCACGCCCAUUGCUGAUUCAGCACUUUUUUCCCCACUGAUCGAUGACCUUGAUUGAUUUGCACUUUUCUGGAUUUGUGGACUUGAAUUUGCAGCAAGAACUUGUGGACUUUUUCUUUGCAGCAUGAGAAUCAUGACUUGUAGAUCUAGUUCUUGGCUUCUGCACUUGUUGGCCUUCUGCUACUACGCUCAGGUAACCAAUCAGUCCCCGCCUAAUUUCACGCAGCACGUAAGCGAGCAGAGCAAAGUGACCGACCAGCUGAGCCGCAAGUUGAUCCGAAUCUACCAACUCUACUCCAGAACCAGUGGCAAACACGUGCAAGUUCUGCCCAACAACAAGAUCAACGCCAUGGCCGACGAUGGAGACCUGCACGCCAAACUCAUCGUGGAAACCGACACGUUUGGAAGCCGAGUGCGAAUCAAAGGAGCUGAAACUGGUCUUUACAUCUGCAUGAACAAGAGAGGGAAGCUUGUUGGCAAGAAGAACGGACACGGUCGUGACUGCAUUUUUACGGAGAUCGUGUUGGAGAACAAUUACACGGCGCUGAGGAACGCUCGCUACGAGGGUUGGUACAUGGCCUUCACGCGUCGAGGACGACCACGAAAAGGCUCCAGGACACGCCAGCACCAGCGCGAGGUCCAUUUUAUGAAGAGGCUGCCGAGGGGUCAGCAGCCGGCACAUCCGAGUCACCAGCGAGCGUUUGACUUCAUCCACUACCCUUUCAACCAAAGGACCAAACGUACGCAGUACUCCUAAUGCUCGCUGAGGAUGGACAAGAGGACAAAGGGACUCCUCAAUGCUGUCGUGAGCAAGUACUAGUACUGUAUAUCUAAAUGUGUAGUUGCUGUUUUACUCGUUUCUCAGUGAAAAAGUGUAAAUAGACAAAAAUGAACACAUCUAUUUUUCUACUGCAGAACUUUUGUAAGAAGGCAAAGUUUUAUUUUAGAUGCACAUACAUUUUUUUUCUGCUUCGACCCAUGGGGUCUUUUUUUGGACUCUGAAGGCCCCUGAAGGACCAUAAAGGACCCUAGGGACCAUAAAGGACCCUGAAGGACUGUAAAGGACCUUGAAGAACUGCACUGUCAGGAUUCCUUUUUUAUUUUCUUUAUUCAACAUGUCUGUGUGAUGACUCAGAAGAUUUAAGCAACUUUUUAACUUACAUAUCCUGAUGUGAUAAUGAGUAUAGAGUCAUACUUUACACAGGGCUGUCAAAAAUACAAUUUUCAUAAAGCAGUUAGUUUUUAUUGGCGUUCAGCAUAUUGUAAAAAUAAAAUGAAUUUUUAAAGAGAUAUAUGGUUAGAUAUGACACUAAUUAGCUUUGUCAGCUACAACACAAAGCUCAGAUGUUUUGUUAGAUAGUUUAGCUUUUAUUGAUCUACAUUGGAUUGAUUUGAGCAUAUUUAAUGACUCAAAUGUAUCAAACUUGAAUGUAAAACGUUUGAACACAGGGAAAAAAAAUUACAUGGCAGCUACAUUAAAUACAACUUUUUUAUACUGAGUGUACAAAUGUGUACUGAAAACUACUUCUGAUGCUUAGUCACCCCUUCUAUGUCUCUUUUUAUACAUAUAGAAAUAUAUUUUUAUUUGAUGUGUAAAGUAAUUUUAAUGAUUGGAAUAUUUAUUUAUACGUGUAAGAAAAUACUGAUAAUAAACUCU